AUGAGUCGUCCACCAAAUACUACAAUUCUAUUAUCUAAUUUGCCUAAGGAUGUGAGCCACUGGCUUAUGGGUAUAGAUACGCAGUUUUUUAAUUUGAAUCAAGUUUUGAAAGGAAUUAAAACGAUCCCAUCAGGGAUUCAUUUUUUGCAUUAUUCGAUACCUAGUGGUUCACCAAGCCCUGAAGGAGAUUCAAACGAUAUAAUAUCACUGAGUUUGAGGUAUGGAUUCUGGUUUGAGUGCAGAAAUGAAGAUGUAUUUGUCAUGAAGUGGGAUGAUUCUCAAGAAUCAAUGGCUUUACUUAAACUACUAAGUGACGAAGAGGAGGAACAAUUGAAUAAUACCAAGUAUAUUAAUGAAAUCGGGGACAAGUAUAAAAUGAUGAUUGAAUAUCCAGAAAGUUCUAAUUGGAAGAACAACUUGAUAAGCAAUGUUGAUUACGAAAUAAUUGAAGAGUUUUUACCAAAUAACAAUCAAAUGGGAAUACUGGGGAUCAUAAACACAAUGAUGCCAUCACGAGAAGAAAACAUGAUCUUGCUAGAUGUAUUAAAAGAGAAAAAGAAUCAAGCUUUUGAAGAUCAAACAAAUAAAGAAUUCAAAUAUACUAUAAUACAGUUCAAAAAAAAGAGUAAUACCCAUGACGUUGAGCAAACUACCAAGGAUUAUCUAGAUAAGACGUGGUACUUUGAGGAGUUAUACGGUAAUGAUACCGAAAUGUUUUUGGGUGAAUUACAAUUGAGUUUUCUAAAUUUCAUAUUAUUGGGUAAUUUUAGUUCUGGUUUACAAUGGUGUAAUUUACUCAAAUUAGUCCUGAUGUGUCGAAAUUUCAUGGUACUUCAUCAUAAUUUUACUAAUAACUUUAUAACAGUUUUAUUGAAGCAGUGCCAAAUUCUUCCUCCAACUUACCUCAUUGGUGAAAACGGAAUCCCAGAUACUAGUAUAAUUGAUUUCAAAUCAUACAUAGCGAUAAUGGAAAAUUUAUCAAGUAAUAUAUUCACCAAUGAGCUAUGGAAUAAUAAAGGCUGCUGUGGUAAGAUGAAAUUAUCAGGUAUGAUUUUGCAAAAGUGGACCGAUAUAAAGAUUACCCAUAAAACUCAAUUUGGAAUAGAUUUGAAUCAGUUAACGUCUCCGCCAAUGAAAGACGGUUACGAAGUUUACGACAUAGAAAACCAUGACGACAAUGAUGAAGAUGCCCCGGCAAUUGUGUAUUGA